AUGGAUACGACUGAAAGCAUUGACACCAGUCAGGGUGCUAAAGAAGCCAAACUCCCUACACAUCUCAGUUCAACCAAGGUCUCCAUCAAUAUGGAGAACUUCGGCCAUAGACCCAACAGUCAUAGCCCUCAGAAAGGCUCAGGACAGGACCGUUUUCGGCAGAUGCUUGCUGGGGUUUCUGGCUAUGCCGAGAACCCCGCCACUGCUUCUUUGAAGUCAGUUCCAACAAACAUCCUCCAUCAUCAGCAAGGUUAUUUUCACGCCGCUGCUGUACCAAUCUAUGAUCCUCUCUUUCCAGGCUUUAGCCCAGGCAUGUACAGUGAAUCGUCUCCAGUUGAUCACCGUGUUGCUGUCGGCCCAAUCACCUAUCCUGCAACUACCGCUGCCUCUGCCGCUGCCAACCUGCCACGGCCCAUGUCUCAGGUGCUUAUGCCCUUGCCGAAUGGCGCUGCCAAUCAUGAUAAGGGUGGCAGAGAAUGGGUGCAUGACCGUUACAGUGGUGGCAAAGGUGCUAGAGCCCCAGUGCACACUGCUGGGACUUUGACACAGCCGUGGACUUCCAUCCUCAGUUCAGAGUGUCAGAAACGGCGCUUCAAUCCCCAAUUCGAUGAAUGGAUCAAUCCAGAUGGUACAUACCAGUGCACCGUGGACCUCAACGGUCGAGUCCUGAACGACUCGCGCUGCUGGAGUUCUGCUUUAGACGCCAAGCAGGCCUUGUCCCGACGUGCCGUCGACUACAUUCGAAAACUGCCACUUCCGGAUGGCUCAUACUACAAGCCCGAGGACAAACCAAAGAUUCGGGGCACGUCCUUCAGACCGAAGGAGAAGUCCUACAAGCCAUUGUCGGAGGAAGAGGACGAGCGUCGGCUCCUGCGACGCAUUCAGAGCCUUUAUGGCCACAGCGGUGGUCCUAGCGAAGGCGUCAUGGCCGAUCCUGCGGCCUCCCACGCGUUUUUGGAGGGCUUUGCCCUAGGAUGCAAGCUGCGGGAGACUUCUCGCGACCAGCGCCGCCGUUCACGAUCACCUUUUCGCGAGGGCCGCCAGAGCCAACGUGGCUCCUACAAUGGCUUCAUUAAGCGAGAAUAG